UUAAUCGUAGCUGCUAGUGUUGUUGUUGUUCGACCGAGAAGUAGCAGCGCGACAAAAUUAGACAGAAUUAGCUUAGAUAUAACCAGCUUUUUUUUACACCAGUAAAUAUUUAAUAUGGGGAAGAAACACAAGAAAUACAGACCCGAGUGGAGAGCGGUUGAAGGAGACUAUGAGGACAAACCAUUAGAGAAGCCCCUGAAGCUGGUCCUGAAGGUGGGCGGCAGUGAAGUGACUGAACUCUCUGGCUCCGGGCAUGACUCCAGUUACUAUGACGAUCGCUCCGACCACGAGUGGGAGCGCCACAAAGAGAAGAAAAAGAAGAAGAAGAAGAAAUCGGAGAAGGAGAAAUAUGCAGAUGAUGAUGAGAGGAGGAGGAGGAAGGAGGAGAAAAAGAAGAAGCGUGAGCGAGAGCAGUCAGAAAGUACAUCCAGCGCACCAGUGGAGCCGUUCACCCUGCCCAAACCUGUGGAGGUGGUUGUAGAAGAAAAGAAGAGGAAGAGGGACAAGUUUGAAUCUGAAUCGGAGGCAGAUGAGUUUCAUCCUGCAGUGAAAGUAGAAGUAGAGCAGCCGGCGGACCGGCCCGUACGAGCCUGCAGAACACAACAAGAAAAUGAAGCCACUCCUCGUCAGCAGCUCUUGGAGCAUUUCCUGCGUUUGCUUCAGAGAAAAGAUGCACACGGAUUCUUCGCCUUUCCUGUUACAGAUGCCAUUGCUCCGGGAUACUCCAUGAUAAUCAAACAUCCCAUGGACUUUAGCACAAUGAAGGACAAAAUCGCUGCGAACGAAUACAAAACAAUUACAGAAUUUAAGGCUGACUUCAAGCUGAUGUGUGACAACGCCAUGGUUUAUAACCGACCGGAGACGGUUUAUUACAAGGCUGCUAAGAAACUCCUCCACACAGGAUUCAAAAUGAUGAGCAAAGAGCGGCUGUUAGCUUUGAAGCGCAGCAUGUCUUUUAUGCAGGACAUGGAUUUCUCUCAGCAGGCUGCCAUUCUGGGGGAUGACGACAUCGCCCCGGAGGAACCGGUGACGGAGAUGAUGCCCAUUCACACAGAGUACCCCAAAAAAUCCAAAAAGCAGCCCGUAAAAGAGCCCAUCAUCAGUGAUAUGUACGAGCUGGAGGGAAACGCAUGCAGUUUGACGGACAGCACAGCGGAGGAGCAUGUUUUGGCUCUGGUGGAACACGCAGCAGAUGAAGCCCGGGACCGAAUCAACCGUUUCAUGCCAAACUCCAAGAUUGGAUACCUAAAAAAGGACACAGAGAGUUCCUUAAUGUAUGUGGUUGUAAAUCAAGAUCCUGAAGGAGAGGAGGAAGAGACUCAUCCUGUAGAUUUGAGCUCUUUGGCUAAUAAGCUCAUACCUGGAUUGACAUCACUGGGACUUAAAGACGACAGGAGACACAAAGUGACCUUUUUGAGCAGCGCGUACAACACUCAGACCCUUCAGAACAACUCCAUCUAUCCCGAUCUGCAUCCAGAGGAGAUGGACAUGCUUUAUUCAGCGUAUGGAGACGAGACCGGCGUCCAGUGCGCUCUCAGUCUGCAGGAGUUUGUCAAGGGUUGUGGAGGUUUUACUAAAAGGCUUGUGGAUGACUUGUUGGAUAAAAUGACGGCUGGUGACCAUUCAAAAGCAGUCGUUCAAAUCAGACAGAAGAGGAAUCUGCCGAUUGAUGAAGCUAAAUCUAGUUUAUGUGACAUGCCAGGAACAGAUGGAGGUGGAAUGGAAGCUGGUUCAGUGCUGGAUUUCAUGUCUAUGAAGAGUUACCCGGACAUGUCUCUGGACAUGCUCAACUCAUUAGGUAAAAGUGUGAAGAAGGAGCCGGAGCAUGAAGAUGGUCAUCAGCACUUUGACGAUCCAGCCAAACUCCUGCAGGAGUUCCAGGAUGCAUCGGUGGACCGCGUUGGGUCCCGGCCGUCCUCCAAUCUCUCAUCCCUGUCCAACGCUUCAGAGAGAGAUCAGCAUCAUUUAGGAAGUUCGCCUCAUCUGGGUGUUGGAGAUCAGGCAGAAAUGGUUCAGGAUCCGUACGAGUUUCUUCAGUCUCCAGAGCCCGGAUCCACCGCCAACAGCUGACCCAAACACUGCAGAUCUGUGUGUUCUAGAGGACUGUAGUCUUGUACAGGUUCAUCGUGUGUUUGUUUUUAAAUAAAGCUCUGUGACUUAUUCCCUUCUA